CGUGAGCAGGGCGCCGAGGGCCCGGCCGCGCCCCCCGCCCCGGGCGCCCGCAAAGACCCCCUCAGCCGCAAGGCCGACAUGCUGGUGCGGUUCCUGCUGGAGAAGCACGCCAGCAAGGAGCCCAUCACGCGGGCCGCGCUGCUGAAGAUCGUCAGCAGGAAGUACGAGGCGCACUCGGCCGAGAUCCUCAGGCGCACCUCGGAGCGCCUGCAGCUGCUCUUCGGCCUCGAGCUCCGGGAGGGCGACGCCGGCGGCCGGGCCUACGCGCUGGUCAGCAAGCCGGGCCUGGAGGGCGACGGCGGCGACAAGGGGCCGCCCAAGAGCGGCCUGGUCCUGGCGCUGCUGGGCGUGAUCUUCAUGAAGGGCAACCGCGCCAGCGAGGAGGAGGUGUGGGAGUUCCUCAACGUGCUGGGCGUGUACGCGGGCCGCAGGCACCCGAUCUUCGGGGAGCCCAGGAGGCUCAUCACCCAAGACCUGGUGCGCCAGAAGUACCUGGAGUACCGCCACGUGCCGGGCAGCAAACCUCAGCGCUACGAGUUCCUGUGGGGCCCGAGAGCCCGCGCCCACACCAGCAAGAUGGAGGUGCUGCAGGUGCUGGCCAAGAUCAACGACACGGUGCCCAGCUGCUUCCCCCAGCUGUACCAGGAGGCCCUGCUGGAAGAGGCGGCGCGCGAGAGCUUCCCAGGCGCAGGCAUGGUGGCCUCCGCUGGCGAGGCUGCGGGCCCUUCGGGAGCCGGGGAGCCGUCCCGGGCCUGGGUUGGCCGCGGCCGCGGCCGCCGAAUCUAG